AUGUCUAUUUUAGACAUUGCUACAGAAAUUUAUGAAAAUAAUAUCUCUGAAUCAUCUAAAAAAUCAUCCUACAGUGUAUGUUUAGUAGGUAGUAAAUCGGUGGGUAAAAGCACUUUGAUACACCACUUUCUUGAUAAGCACGAUGCUGUCAAAGAAACUUUGGUCCUGGAAUAUUCCUAUGGAAGAAAGACUUCUCCAAAACAAGGAAUGGAAAAAACUAUUUGUCAUGUUUGGGAAUAUGGUGGAAGAAUGGACAUGCUUAGCACGGUUCUCAAGGCUAUCCCAACGGGCGAUAAUUUCACUUACUGCAUCAUGAUAGAUUUAAGCAAAAUAAAAACAUUAUGGAACGUUAUGGAGACUUCUAUUAGAUCAAUGAUUGACAAUUUUGAUGCAAAGCUACCAGAAUUAGUAAUAAUAUGCGGAAAAUACGACCUAUUUAAAAACUAUGAUAGCGAAGUAAAAAAAGUUGUAUGCACCACGAUGAGGAGUGUAGCGUUAUUGUAUAAUGCGCCUCUGAUGUUCUUCUCCUCCAAAGAACCACAGCUGCUGAAGAAAGGCAAGGAUCUGUUAUAUAGUACUGGUUUUGGUACAAGUAUUCCCCAAAAAGAAAAGAUUGUUAACUAUUCUAAGCCUCUCUCAAUAUCUAAGGGUGUUGAUACAUGGGAACAAAUAGGUUACCCGCCGUCGACUCUUGAACAGAUAAAACGUCGAUUUAUAUCAAGCAUAGAAUGUCAAAACGAAGUAAAACCAGAAAUAAAGUCAUUACAGAGAACACACCCGGAGCCAAUCUUGGACUCUCUGGCAGCUCUAAAAUAUGAUGAACUUCGGCGUAUUGAAACUUUCGAGCCAGCUAUUGAAGAAUAUUUGGAAUUUAUGAAUAAAUAGAAUU